AUGGCUAGAUCAUUAUCCAGAAUCAUCUUCAAAGGCAUCUCGGAAUCUCCCAUUUCUUUUAGGUCAUCGGUAAGCAUCAACUGACGCAAUUCUGAUGAUUCGGUUCUUCUCCCUGAAGUACAAGUCCGUUGAAAAUGAUAGCUUUUUUGCGAUCUAUUUGCCCUUCUUCGUGUACCAGAGACAUUUUCCAAACUUCUGUUAAUUGGAAUGAUUUCAUCCAUAAAAAAGUGACGCUGUCCUUUACAGGCAGAUCAAUAUACCAAGUAUAACGCGUGCAAUUUCCUUCUGAUGAUAAAUUAAUUUCUUUGAAAACUUUGCUAUUCUUCAUUGUAUAAUCCAGCACUCAAGUCUUAACUUUAAGUGGGUAAGUUCUAGUUUUAUACAAUCUUAUCAUCUCCCAAUUUCGUUGAUUUUAUUGUUAUUACCUGAUUGGCAGUUCUGGAAACUUCAAAUAAAAAGGAUCAGGGGAGAUUUCACAUCCAUUUCUAUAGCCAUAGCACUCUUUUUUCUUCGAGAAAAAAUGGGUGUCGAGCUUAUUGUUCUAACGAGUGCACUUUCAUAUGUUAAGUAUCUAUUGGGCUAGGAAACCACGCGGAUGAUUGAUUCCAUAUUGUGAUCAAAUUCUUUAAUCGCAUGCUGGUGUUAGUAUCUGAUCAUGUGCUGAAGCUUUGGCAUAUAGAUAAGCUCCUAUAGACGUAUUUUUGUCACAUAUAUUGUGAAAAAAAAUUAACGAUGGCACAGCUGUUUUUUGCUAGUACUGAUCUUUGAUUUGUCCAAUCUGAUUGGAAUAAAUGUUGCUAUUUGCUAUUUGUUCCUGUAGCUGGAAAAUAGCUUUUUCACUGGGUGAAUUUGCUAUUCUGAAAGUUGUCACUCUGCUUGCUUGAUUUACCAAACAACGCAUGCCAGGUUUCCUGUGUUCUAGAGGUUUCUGUGCAUUUACUCUUUACUAGUUUCGUAGGAUAAUUGCACUGGAUCCAAAAAAAUUAACUGGCAAACAAUAAGUGGAAGAGACAACUCUGAAUCCUGCUCAUGAUAAUGAGUUUUAUAAGAAAACGUUGUUUUCUGUUCUUACCUCUCUCUUUCUCCCACACAUACACACAUGCACGCACAUGCUCUCUUCUCACUCUUCUCAUUUUAGGGUGAAAUUCUACAAUCAUGAUGAUCACUUUUACAUAUUUUUGAAGUAAUUCUUCGAAAAAAACCAUGCAAUAUUUCUUUGGCUUACACCCUUAGUAAACCAUGCUGUAAAGUGACCAUCUUUGAAAUUUAUGAUGAAGUAAAAUCAGAUGGAAUAGCGAGAAUACUGCUUCUGAGAUGAUGAGUUGAAAUGCCUAUAUUUGGGAAUUUAUUGAAGCGUAUAUUUCUCUUAUUAGUUAUUAGGCUCUAUGGAAAUCCACUUUUAAUAUGAUCUUUGUCUGGGGAUUCGUAUCAUUGGCUCUCUCUAUUUAUUAUUUUUCAACCUACUCCUUGCAUAAUCAUUGUCAUACGAUUGUCAUUCGUAAAUUUUUUGACUAUCAGCAGGUGGGACUUAAAUCAUUAAAUUGGCAAAAUUCGAGGUAUUCAACGGUAACUGGCGAUUCUGAUUCACAUGAAGAUUUUCAACCCACACGCAAGUUUGAGGGUGUUGGGAAAUCUGUGAAAGAUAUUGUUGAGCAGGUAAUAUUGAAUCUCUAUCUCGUUAUAGGUGUACCCUUUGCUUCAUUGCCCUGUUGGACGGUGAAAAUGUCCCCGGAUUAUAAUUUAUGAUUGCUGCUUCUGCAGGAUAUUAGAGAAAAUCCAAUAAUGAUUUAUAUGAAGGGAAUUCCUGACGCACCUCGAUGUGGAUUCAGUGCAUUGGCAGUGAGAGUUCUAAAAGAAUAUAGUAAGCCUAUCCAUUUCUAUGUCUCAUGAGAAGCUUAUAGAGCAACAUGCUGCUGAUUUAAAGGAAUCUUCUCCCGCCAACCCCCCUCCCCCCCAAACCAACAAUUGAAGUUAGUGAGGCAUUUUUACGCGGCAAUGUGAGCCAGGGAAUCACGUUUUCAAAAAAGAUUUGUCUGUGGAUGUGGUUUUCUUUUUCUUUUUUUUCCCUCCCCUCAAAACCUAAAGAUAAAUGAGAAACUCUGAUCGAUGUUGUCUAAUUAUUUGUUCAGAAGAAAGCUUUUGGGAUCUCUUUUCUUAUAAUGUUUUGGUUCUUGGUGUCACAGGCAUCCCUUUUGGUGCAAGAAAUAUUCUUGAAGAUCAAGUGCUCAAGGAUAGCGUAAAAUCUGUCAGGUAAUCUUAGCUUUACUUGGUGUGCUAUUUUUAUCAUAUUCGCUUGCUUAGUCCAUUCAUUGAAGGUUGCUAAAUCGCUUAAUUUUUGGCAAAAUUUGGCAAUAUAUAUUUAUCUGAGUCGAUCUUCUACCAUUAAGCUGGAUUAUAACCAAUCGAGUUUGGUCACGUGGCAUAGUGCCCAUUUGGCAGAUCCUAACAAUGAUAAUAUUAUCUCAUUAUUUUUGUUCGCAUGCAUUCUCGGAAGCCUGUUGGAAUACAGGCAUAAAAAUUCAAUGUUGUUGAAAGAUCCCGAUGCAAAGAUUACAGGCGUGGGUCAUUUUUAGUUCAUUAAAUUAUCUUUUUUGUUCAUUUUCUCUCCAUUUAUUAUAUUUAUGCCAUUUUUUUAUGUCUUCUCGCAGUGCCUGGCCCACAUUUCCGCAGAUAUUUAUCAAGGGAGAGUUUGUCGGGGGAUCAGAUAUCAUCCUCAGCAUGCACCAGGUAACGUCCUGAAGACACACAUCAUCAUCAUCAUCAUCAUCAUCAUCAUCAUCAUCUUUGACUGGAGCUAUUGUUUGCAGUCUGGUGAGUUGAAGGAGAAGCUCAAGGAGAUCACGCCGCCGUCCACAAAGGGAUAG